AUGCCCGUUCGGGAGAGGAACCACAUCGACGCGGCGCACGUGUUCAAGCAACGGCAUCGCUCCCUGACCGCGAGGCAGCAUCUGCGCAAGCGCGUCGACGCAGACCGCGCUCUGGUCCACGAGAGCGAGCUCGACACGCGCGGCCUCGGGGACGACAAGGCACUCGAGGAGCGCGGCCACCUGGCUGCGUCCACGUCCUGGACGACGAGCGUCCGGAGCUCAGCCAGCGUCACGGUCGAGCCCCCACCACCCCCAUCCUCCGCGCCGCCCUCCUCGCCGUCGGCAGCCGCAAAGUCGAGCGCGUCCAACGCGUCGACGACCGUCAGCGCCCGCAGGCCCGCGCAGCGCCCCAGCGCGUCCACAAAGUCCGCCGCGCGCACCCGCCGCGCCGCGCCCGCGCGCCCGUUGCACCCGCGCACCUCCAGCGUCCGCAGCCGCGGGAGCGCCCCCGGCGGCAGCCGCCCGAGCACGAGCCCGUCGAGCACGAGCUCCCGCAGCGCGGGGAACCACCCGGGGACGAACGACACCCCUACGCCCGCGCCCGCGAUCACGCCCCGCGCGCGGCGUCCGCGACGUGCUGGUCUGGUGCUUCUCUCUCCCGCGGCCGUCGAGCCGGAGGCGCUCGAGUGCGGCGCCCGCGCCGAGCGUCGCGAGGAAGAAGAGGAAGAGGCGCGGCGCGGCGGCGCGCGCGCACGCGACGGCGCGCACGCGGUGCGCGUGCGGGCGGAGCGCGUCCGCGACGGGCACGACGUGCAGCGGGUCCGCGCACGCGAGCGCGAGGGGGCGGCGGCGGAGCGCGCGAGAGCGUGGGCGUCGCGCGGAGGAGGGCGCGCCAGGCGCGGGAGACGCGCUCGAGGGUGGGGUGCGGCGGGCGGCGGCGGCGGCGGCGAUGGGGGGCUCGUCGGCGGGGCUGGUGAGGAAGGAGAGGAUGUGGAUGAGGAGCUCGGGCGGGAGGCGGGCGAUGGGGCUGCGGCUGGUCGUGUGGGAUGGCGGUGUGCGCGCCGGGGUGGGGUCCGGGAAGGAGUCCCUUGGGUGGUUUCGAUGGCGGUGGCGGGGUCGGAGAGGCCAUCCUGGAGUACUACGAGAUCCUUGCUCGCUCUCGCCACGUGUGAAUUGUACCGAAAGCUGGUGGAUGCGCCGUUUGGAGAUACGUGGUGGUUGGAGGACAGACCAAGUGGGCAGCGGCGGGUUGGCGCAGCGAGCGAGACCAUAUAG